AUGCAUACGUGUUUGGAUACGUUCGUUCUUCCUUUCCGUCUCGUGAUGUUGCGAUGUCGCUCUGUGCUUAUAAUUUCCAGCCUCAUGUCAUCAUUGUCACCAUCAACGGUCUCCUCCAUGAGGUCAUUGCUCUUCCACACAUCCUCUGCAAGUCUUGAAGCUCGACGGAUCACGGUUGUGGCACACGAAAAAGCCAACACAGAUGCAAGAACAAGUUCGGGUCAAGACUUGGAUGUCUUGGCAGCGAUCCAUUAUAUAGCCAUCUUCCUCCUCAUUGUCAUGUCGGCCAUCGCUUCGGGUCUCACUCUGGGUCUCAUGUCAUUGGAUAAAGUAAGUCUGGAUGUGAUCGUCCGUGCAGGAGACCGUUCAGGAGCUACAAAGGAUGAGGUGAUGAAGGCCAAGGCAGCGCGACGCAUCUUGCCCGUCCGUGCUGAUAGUAAUCUGUUGCUUACGACGCUGGUGCUCACGACGGUUGCUGUAAAUAGUUUGCUGCCAAUUCUGAUUGCAGAUUUGACCAGUGGCCUUGUGGGUUUCUUCGCUUCGACGAUCCUCAUUCUUAUCUUUGGAGAGAUUGUGCCUCAGUCACUCUGUUCUAGACACGCAUUGUCAAUUGGAUCAAGAUUCGUGCCGGUCGUCAAAGUGCUGAGACUGGUGCUGUAUCCUUUUGCCAAACCCGUGAGCUAUGCGCUGGACUGCACAGUUGGAGAAAAUGUCGACACGAUGUUUACCAAGCGAGAACUGCAAAAACUCGUGGACAUUCAUGUACGACGAAAGGUCAUGCACCCUGAUGAGGGGCAUAUUGUACGCGGUGCAAUGAGUUACAAGUACAAGGUCGUCAGCGACAUCAUGAUCCCGGCCGACAAACUCUUUACACUUCCGAUAUCCUUUUCCACGUUGCAAGUUGUGUUGUUUUCCCAUGUCGAUUUGUACGCCAGCACGAUACUCAAUAUGGAGGUGCUCAAGAUGAUCUACAACAACGGAUACAGUCGCAUUCCUGUAUGGAACAAGGACCAGAACGACGUAGUGGGCAUUGUUUUUACCAAGGACUUGAUAUACGUGGAUCCGAACCAAGACAUUCCGCUGAUGGCGUUUGCGCGCGUUUUUGCUGUCGCAGCGCAUCGCAUCUGGCUCGACGCACAAUUGGGUGAAGUGCUUAGUGUUUUCAAAAUGGGCAGCACCCACAUGGCACUUGUCUACGAUGUCAAUAACUCGGGACCGAGUGAUCCGUUCUACAAACUUAAGGGUCUAGUGACGCUUGAGGAUAUUGUAGAGGAAAUUUUGCAGUCCAAGAUCACGGACGAGAUCGACUCACUCGAGGCUAGGCAGAAACGUCAAAAUUGCACGAACCAGAUCAGGUAG